UGAGGCUACUUGAAGAACUUGAAGACACGUGGCUUCCUUAUUUGACCCCCAGAGAUGAUGAAUUCUAUCAGCAGUGGCAGCUGAAGUAUCCUAAACUUGUUCUCCGAGAGGCUGACAGUGUGUCUGAGGAGCUCCAUAAAGAGGUUCAAGAAGCCUUUCUCACAGUGCACAAGCAUGGCUGCUUAUUUCGGGACCUGGUUAGGAUCCAAGGCAAAGACGUGCUCACUCCAGUAUCUCGCCUCCUCAUUGGUAAUCCAGGCUGCACCUACAAGUACCUGAACACGCGGCUCUUUACGGUACCCUGGCCAGUCAAAGAUUCCACUAUCAAAUAUACCGAGGAUGAAAUAGGUGCUGCUUGUCAAACCUUCCUCAAGCUCAAUGACUAUCUGCACAUUGAGACCCUCCAUGCUUUGGAAGAACUUGCAUCUAAAGAGAAAUAUAGUGGUGAUGCCGUGCCAGUGUGUAUAGCUCCAGAUUUCUCCAGAAUUGGUUUGGGGUCUUCCUUUGAUGGACACGAUGAAGUGGGCGUUAAGAGCAGAGCAGCAUACAAUGUAACUUUGUUGAAUUUCAUGGAUCCUCAGAAGAUGUCAUACCUGAAAGAGGAGCCUUAUUUCGGGAUGGGGAAAAUGGCGGUGAGCUGGCAUCAUGACGAGAAUCUGGUAGAAAGGUCAGCGGUGGCAGUGUACAAUUAUAGCUGUGAAGGCUCUGAGGAAGAAAGUGACAAUGAUCCUCACCUUGAAGGCAGAGACCCUGAUACUUGGCAUGUUGGUUUUAAGAUCUCAUGGGACAUAGACACACCUGGUUUGGCAAUACCUCUUCACCAAGGAGACUGCUAUUUUAUGCUUGAUGAUCUCAAUGCCACCCACCAACACUGUGUUUUGGCUGGUUCACAACCUCGGUUUAGUUCCACUCACCGAGUGGCAGAGUGCUCCAUGGGAACCCUGGAUUAUAUCUUACAGCAGUGCCAGUUGGCUCUGCGGAAUUUGCGUGACGAGGUCGAUGAUGGCGACGUGUCUUUGAAAUCCUUAGAGCCUACAAUUUUGAAACAAGGAGAAGAGAUCCACAAUGAGGUGGAAUUUGAGUGGCUGAGACAGUUUUGGUUUCAAGGCAAUAGAUACAAAAAGUGCACUGAUUGGUGGUGUCAACCCAUGACUCAGCUAGAAGGACUGUGGAAGAAGAUGGAACGUGUGACAAGUGCUGUGCUUUGUGAAGUUCGAAGAGAGGGGCUCCCCAUGGAACAAAGGAUUGGAAUCUUGACUGCCAUCCUGGCCUCGCUCACCACACGGCAGAACCUGAGGAGGGAAUGGCAUGCCAGGUGCCAGUCCCGAAUUGCCCGAACGUUACCUGCAGAUCAGAAACCGGAAUGUAGGCCGUAUUGGGAAAAGGAUGACCCUUCCAUGCCCCUGCCUUUUGAUCUCACAGACAUCAUUUCAGAACUCAAAGGUCAGCUUCUGGAAGCAAAACCCUCGAAAGAGCACAUGUCUUAGGUGGAGAAGGAAAAGAUGCCUUUGGCUCUUCUCUAACUUUCUAGUUAGUUUGUGCAAAGGGCAUGUGGAUAGACUUCUCUUGGCUGUUAGAUUGUGGAGCCUAAUGGAAACAGACAGGAAAUGGAGUUCAUGUCUAUUGAGAAGUUUUAAAAUGAAACAAUGUUAUAGUCUGAUUUGAUAUUAAACAAGAAUUCCCCC